AUGGACACCCUUUAUAUCCGCUCCCGCUUUGCUGUGUCUGGUUCUGAGAGCCUGGAAAUCAUCCCCAAGGUGAGAAUCCAGAUAUUUGCCCGUAUCCAGGAUCAGAAGCCAGUCUUAGGGAAACCUGUGGGCCAGACCACAGGGCUUUGCCAGCAAACUGUGAUUGAGUGGAAAGCAAAAAGAGUGAAUCCUUGCCUUACACAGUCCUGGAGAAAUGAAGAUUUGCUCCCAAAGUUGACACAGUUGUUACUUCUACAAAAAUCUCACGGCAGAGGCCAGGAGCUCAGAGCCAGGAAAAGCUGGUAUCAGGAUGUAACAGAGGAGAAAGGAAAACUAAUUGGAGUUCAAGACUUGUUAGGCAAAGACCAGGCAGUCAGGAAGACUCAAGUAGUCAUAGUGGAGGGGGCUGCUGGAAUGGGGAAGUCAACGCUGGCCAGGCAGGCGAGGAGAGCCUGAGAGAAAGGCCAGCUCUACAGGGAUGGCUUCCAGCACAUCUUCUGCUUCAGCUGCAGAGAACUGGCCCAGUGCAAGCUGCUGAGUCUGGAUGAGCUCAUUGCAAAAGAUCCCUGCCCUGUGGUUCCCAUGGGGCAGCUCCUGUCUCAGUCCAAGCAGCUGCUCUUCAUCCUGGAUGGUAUGGACGAGCCAGCAUGGCUCUUAAAGGAGCAGAAUCCUGAGCUCUGUCUGCACUGGAGUCAGCCACAGUCAGAGCACACACUGCUGGGCAGUUUGCUGGGAAAAUCCGUCCUUCCUGAGGCUUCGUUGCUGCUCACAGCUCGGACCACAGCUCUCCAGAAACUCAUUCCUUCUUUGGGGCAGCCCUGUUGGGUAGAAGUCUUGGGAUUCUCUGAGUCUGGUCAGAAAGAAUAUUUCUACAAUUAUUUCACAGAGGAAAGUCAAGCAGUUAGAGCCUUACAUUUGGUUGAAUCAAAUACACUGACCACUGUCCUGCUUCUCACAGAGGAAGGAUCCUCACAGGCGGCACAGUUGGAGCCCUUCUGCCCUUUACCUUCCUCUCCAGGAGACAUGCCCACAGAGCUUCUGUGGACUGAGACACUUUCUGGGGCUCCACAGGGCCUGUGGCUACUGAGGUGGUUAGCAAAGAGAAGAACCUAUAUCGAUAUUAAGAACUAUCAGGGGCAGGGGGACAUGUUUUUGUUCCAAGUGGCCCAUUUUAAAGCUCAUGGGCUAGAACAGCCAGCCAGGGUGGAACAGCAUUACAUAGUCCUGGAAAAUCCCAUCUUCUCUCCAAUGGGAAUUCUACUGAGAAUAAUCCCUGCUGCCCAGCACUUCUUUCCCAUCACCACCAUCACGUUGAUCUACCAUCACCUCCAUUUGCAGGACAUUACCUUUCACGUCUACCUGAUCCCCGAUGACUGCACCAUUCAGAAGGCCAUAGAUGAUGAAGAAAUGAAGUUCAAUUUUAUGCAAAUACACAAGCCACCCCUGCUGGAUGCCCUUUACAUUGGCUCCUGCUAUACUGUGUCUGGUUCUGAGAAUCUGGAAAUCAUCCCCAAGGAACUGGAGCUGUGCUACCGGAGUCCCAGACAAUCCCAGCUCUUCUCUGAGAUCCACGUUGGCCACACAGGUUCCAGGAUUAAGUUACAAUUGAGAGAUAAGAAAAAUAUGUUUCUUAUAUGGGAGGCCUUGUUGAAACCAGGUGAAGUGACAUCAAGUCCAGAGACAAGAACAGGAAAAUCAAUGAGGGAGAUACCAGAUCUGCACCAGCGCUGAUCCUUCCAGCCCCCAAAGAUGUCCCUGCUUCGAUACACUUUGUGGACCAGCAUUUGGAGAAGGUGGCCUGAGUGACAUCAGUGGACCCUGUCUUGGACAAGCUGUAUGGUCAGGUCCCGAGUGAAGAGGACUAGGAGACAGUAUGGGUUGAGACCACCAACCAAGACAAGAUGCAGAAGCUGUUCAGCAUCAGCCGGUCUUGGAACUGGGAUGGCAAAGACCAACUUUACCAAGCCCUGAAGGAAACUCAUCCUCACCUGAUCAUGGACCUCUUGGAGAAGUUGGGCAGGGUUUCUGGGGAAUCCUAACACUUAAGUCAAUGGCUUAUGAGUAGGAGAAGAAAGGGGCUUCUUAAAUAUUUUAUGCCCUCAAUCCUUUUUCAUCUCCCAAAUUUUAUAUAACUCUGGCUACAUAAAUAUAUGAAAUAGGAUAUAAAUCAAACUUUUCCUAAAAAUAAACCUUCAAGAAAUUUUUUUAAAACAAUUCUUUGGUAGAUAUAUAAUUUCAUCAUUUAUUAAAGAUGAAAGCAUAGUUACAGGACCUUCACAUAAAGAAUUCAAUGUUGGCUGAAUAUUUGAUACUACAAGAUGCAGAGGAUUCCCAGGAUCUCUCAGAGUUGAUUGAUAUUUUGAAUUUCUUGUCAGUGCUGAAAGUGCUGUAGUGUGCACUGCAAAAUGGCAGAAUUAUGUUUAAGGACAUUUCAGAAAUUAUUGGAAAUUCUGUCCUAGUGCCAAAUCAAAAUUCAUUUAGCAAUUUUUUUUAUCAAACUCAAGUCAGCAGCUCAAAAACCAACUUUUAAUAUCAAAUGUUCUCACACAAUACAAUACGAAGAUUAUAUUAACUUGAUACACACUAAGAAAUAAAAAUAGGAAAAUAUUUUAAGUCUUUGUAUUUCAUAAUUAUGCUAUUGUUUCUAUAGCAUCGGAAAACUUGGUAUCUACAGUGAAAACACUAAUUCACAGCACACAAGAAUCGAGAAUGUGAGCCAGCGUGAUCCAGGCAGCACUCGGAGCUGAGGGACCUGUUGCCACAUGCAGUGCACAGUACUCAUGCGGUGUGUUCAGAGGCAAGGCUGCAGUGUCACGUGAUGCAGCAUGGGGUAUGCACUACCAGAAACAUCUCGGAUUCAUUACUCAUUAUGAAUAAAUUUUUGGUCAUUGAACAUUCAGAAACAUUUACUGUUGCCAAAAUUUUGCAGCCGCCACAUUCAGUUCAAUGACCCCAUAGGUUGUCGUGAUCCACAGCUUAAGAACCUGUCAUAGAAUGACAAAAUAGGAUUCCUGCCCACUGCUGACCCACGUGCCACAGAAAUUUGUCUCAGCAAAACUCACAGUGGGACUGGAGGCUUGCGAGGGCUGUGGGCUUGUCCUGCGGGUAGGGCUGCCAGUGUCUCCACCAGGGCCACCUGGCUAGCCUUCCGCACCAGGCUUCUGCUUCCCUCCCCUGAAGCUCCGUGGCUAGAGCUCUGUUAGUUUCACUGCUUUUCAGGGCUUUGUCCUGUCUUUUUCUCAGCGCUUUUUCAGUGUCCAAUCACUGCCUGUGUGAUUUCUGAAGCUCUUCCUCCCUUUCUCUCUUUAGAAUAUUUUUUCUUAUGCUGACUCUUAUCCUUCACUGGGUCACCUGGAGAGAGCUUCUCUUUGAACUUCACCCAUAAGUCCUCUGGGGUUGUUUUGUUGUUUUAUUUCGUUUUGACAAGAAACAGUGUCAAGUAUUGGGAAAAAUUUUCUAAUGUAUUCACUUCAUGGAUAAUUUAGAAAUAACUAAAUAUACUGGGUAAUUAUAAAUGAGGUUAAUGUUUAUAAAUGUAUAUGAUAGAGACAACACAUUGGGUUAUUUGUAAGUAAGUUAAA